UUUCCAAAGCUGAGAUCUACAACCUCCGUCCAGAAGACAUUUACCUGGUUCAUGACGACCUGGACAAGGCCCUGGGCAAGGUGGCGAUCAAGCUGGGAGGCAGCGCAAGGGGACACAAUGGGGUCCGAUCCUGCAUCAGUGCUCUGCACUCCAACGAGAUGACCCGGCUCAGGGUCGGCAUCGGGCGGCCGGAGGGUGAUGUGACAGUGUCCAGCUACGUCCUGUCUCCGUUCAGCACCGAGGAGCAGGAGAGGCUGGAGCAGGUCCUGGCCCAGGCAGUGAUGUUCCUGCUGGAGCACAUCCUGUGUAGGAGGACACCCACAGGGGAGCCGGGGGACAGGGGCUGA